AUGCCCGCGCGCGACGAGGACGCGCGCGUGAAAUCUCACAAUCGCGGUGGGGCGUCGUCGACGUCGCGCGAGGGCGGCGCGACGCGCGAGGGCGACGGCGCGCGCGAGGGCGAAAAGCGCUCGGCGGAACCGAAGCGACGCGCGAAGUCGACGAAGCGCGCGAAGCGCGAGAGAGUGCUCGCGCACCUGUCGGUGAAGUCGAGCGGGGUCGUCACGCCGGCGACGAAGGCGGCGCUGGCGUUCGCGGACGCGGAUGAGGCGGACCACUGCGAGACGCCGUUUAGAGCGUACCGCGACGUGGAACCGUUUUUGUUUAAUCUGGCGAAAGCGAUGAAGAAAGAAAAGAAGACGCUGCGAAUAUACGAUCCGUAUUAUUGCGAAGGCUCCAUGGUGGCCCACCUCAACGCCCUCGGGUUCGAGAACGUGUACAAUCGGAAUGAGGACUUUUACGAAAAGGUGGCGACGAAAUCGACGCCAGAGUUCGACGUGCUGGUGACCAAUCCUCCGUACUCUGGCGAUCAUUUCAAGCGAAUUUUGUCGUAUUGUCGCGACAGUAAUAAACCGUGGCUUUUGCUUUUGCCGAAUUUCGUGUGCAGGAAAUCGUACUACGCCCCGUCCAUCGGCGACGCGGCGAAACCGCUGUUUCUCAUUCCCGACGACGCCAAGCCGUACCGGUAUUGGGCGCCCGGACGUCAGGGUCACGAGAUUCGCGCCAAAGGCACGACGCCGUUCGAGACGUUUUGGUACAUCGAGUUCGCGGGCGUCCUGGACGCGCAGCAGCAGCGCGCGUGGUGGCUUAAAAAGUACGCCGCGCACUCGUCGUGCUCCGUCCCCGCGCUCGACGAGGCGCUGCCUCAACAACAGCGCCUGCAAAAGCGCCCGAAUCCCAAAGUCCGCGCCAUGCUCAAAGGCGCGCAAAAGUCCACGACGACCACGACGGGGGUUUAUUUCGAUCCCGCCAAGGCGAAGGCGCGCAAGAAGAAGCGCGCGCGUGACUUUUAA